AUGUUCCACACGAACAUGGAUCCUCUUCUUGAAGAUCCUAUUUGCAGCCUGCUUUUUGACUUCGACGGCUAUGUCGCGCUUGGUGACUUUCUAGACACGACCAGUGCGGCCAUGGUAGAACUUGUGGGGUAUAUUCUUGUGGGCCAUGGUAGAACUUGUGACGUUUUAGACGUAGUCGACGAUUCGGUAGAUCUUAAG